UUUUCUUUCGGGUUGUUUGCGGGGAUCGCCCCCCUGCUCUGCUGUUACUGGCAUUUUAGUUCUUGAAGUGAAAGCAAGAUCUAGUUAAGGUUAUUAGAAGCUUUAAAAACAGCUUUAAUUUGUGAAAUGUGAAUAGUAAUGGCUUCUCAUAGGUUGACGGAGACCUAGUGAUAUCCUUCGUAAAACACCAAACUCAAAGGAAUUGAAAUGUUGAGUCCUUUGUUGCAAUUUCCUAUUGUGGAUCUUUAUUCAAAUUGUUUCAAUGACGUUUUCAGAGUCCAAUAAUCUUGGAAACAAUGAUCCAGGAGCCAUGCCAACAUUUCAAUGGGCAAAGUAAUCAGUAUUCCACCCGUCGGUACACAUAUGAAUCUAGUUAGACUUUCCUGACCUCCUGCCCAUGUUCUUUAACUACCUUCUAUCCCUUCCUUUUCUUAAGCCAUUUACUCCACCUGGUAUUAGGCUGUGGCUGCACACACAGGGAGAACAAAAUAUUUUGGCAACCUUUUGCAUGCCUGAAUAAUUGUGGAUUUGCUGACUUGGCAGUCAGUGCAUUCCUAUGUAGUGCAUUAAAAUCAAUAGUAGGUACUCUCAGGACAUUCAAAUCCCCCGACUGGUUCAAACGUCCUGUCUUCCACGUUCCUAGCUCUUACUCUCCCUCACUCAUUUUCUCGGAUCCUUGAGCGUACCGUGUGCUUUGCCUCUGUCAUGCUUUGACAGAAGCAGUUCCCUCUAACUGAAAUGCCUACUGCUUCCAUACCAGCCUUUCAAGGUAUUAUCCAUUUUGCAAAUCCCAGUUACAGUGCCCAUCCCUCCAGGACACUUCAUAUUCCCGUUGCACUUUGUCCUCCUAUUCCAGAAGCUAUAAGGCUGUGUGACCUUAUCUUAGUUGUUCAUGUAAGCUUCCUCUCUAGGCUGUGAAGGCUGAAUGGUGUCUUAUCUGUAUAUGCCUCCCAAGAUAGCAAAACUCAUUCAAGAAGCAAGAAUUGAAUGCCUGUCAUGUGUCCAGCACUGUCCUGCGUGCCCAGGGAUACAGCAGUAAAAAAAAUACUCUCUCUCAUGGAGCUUAUGUCCUAGUGGGGAGAAGACAGAAAAUAAGCAAAUGCACAGUAACUACAGGAGCCAGGUGGUAAUAUGUGCUAUGAAGGAAAGGAAAGGAGGAAAAGGUUAAGAAAAUUGGAGGGGUGCUCUCGUAGAGAGUGGUCAAGGGAGGCUUUCUUUCUGAAGAGGAAACCUGGCUAGGGCGAGGGAACAAGUCAUACAGAAAACGGGAGAAGAGAUUUAAAUCAAGAGAGCGGUGAAGUGGAGGCCCUGAGGCAGAAGAGUACUUGGUACAUCAAAGAACAGUAAGGAAGUCAGGCUAGAGGGGGCUGGCAGGACACCAAGCAGAAUAAAUGGGCCAGAUCGUGUGCACAUUGCAUUCAAUUGAUAAAGGGUCGGGAAUAAUUCAGUAACAGUAGCAAUGAAACCUGGAAACUGCUUCAGUGGGAUAGGCCCAGUAGGCAUACAAAAAGUAUUCACAACUUACACACAUGUACACUGGAACUCUUUACUUACAGUGCAGCAACAUUUAUCUGAAAAACUAUCUAAAUGAAAACCAAUGGUUCAUGUGAUGAUCUCCCAUCGGGAUGGAAAAACCCAGAAGAAGAGGAGGCAGAUUUUGUGGAGGAAGAAAUGGAUUGACAUGGUGCGUGGAGAGCAGUAUUGUCAAAGCGCCUCUCGGAAGCCUGCUGCGUCAGCCUCACUCGGUGAAUGACAGCCACGACAUCACUAAACAGAGCCCUCCUGCUGCAGAACCUCGCUGCUCUGAAGACCGAGGUGUGGGAAAUUCUCCAGCAGCCCCGAAAUCUCAAGAGUGGUAUUUGUGAGACCAGCUCCUUUGAAUAUAAUUCUUUUGGAAUCUGCUUUGCUCCUAUCAUAUCUAUGCAAGAUCUCAUCAUGGGAAAUGGCUAUUGCAACAUCGUGGCUACUGUGCUGUUGGUCAUGAAUUUGGAGAGGGCAAGAUCAAUACAGGAUUCCUGUAGUAGCUGUCCAGCUGGUACUUUCUGUGACCAAAGCAAGGAUCAGAUGUGUAUUCCCUGUCCUUCAAAUAGUUUCUCCAGCGAAAGUGGACAGAAGGCCUGUGACAUUUGCAGGCAGUGUGAAGGUGUUUUCAGGACGAAGAAGGUGUGCUCCUCCACCAGCAAUGCCAAGUGUGAGUGUGUGUCCGGAUUCCACUGCUUGGGGGCAGGAUGCACCAUGUGUGAACAGGAUUGUAAACAAGGUCAAGAGUUAACCAAAGAGGGUUGUAAAGACUGUUACUUUGGGACAUUUAAUGAUCAGAAACGUGGCAUCUGUCAACCCUGGACAGACUGUUCUUUGGAUGGGAAGUCUGUGCUUGUGAACGGGACGAAGGAAAGUGAUGUGGUGUGCGGGCCAACUUCAGCUGACUUCUCUCCAGGUACAUCGUCCACCACCGCACCUGCCCUGGCAAGACAGCCAGGUCACAGCCCCCAGAUCAUCAUCUUCUUUCUCGCACUGACAUCGACUGCAGCCUUGCUUCUGGUGUUCUUCCUCAAGCUUCGUCGCUCUGUCGCUAAACAGGGCUGGAAGAAACUCCUGUAUAUGUUGAAACAACCAUUUAUGAAACCAGUGCAAACGGUCCAAGAGGAGGACGCCUGUAGUUGCCGAUUUCCGGAAGAAGAAGAAGGAGAAUAUGAACUGUGAAGCGGAGACCCCCAAAGCUGUUGGGAUUCUCUUGAGAAGAAGAAAAGGGAAAAUAAGAGUGACGCCGCUAUCAUAUCUUUCUAAAUUGAAAAACGCCAUCGUGGGUAAUACCCUGAAUUACCUGCAGCAAGUUUUUUCUAAACGCUAACAAACUGCCCUUUAAAAAUGUACCACUUAACAGGACAGAAAUAUGGGACAGAGCAGAGGUAAAUGGGUAUUUUCUACAUACUGUCUAAAAGGCUUGGACUAGCCUUUUUGAAAUCCAAAGAGUAUGAAAUUUAAAAUUUUAUCAUGUAGGCCAAUGAUCCAGCCAAAAAUUAUGAUCAACAUUAAUUCAGUUUUUUGUGUGUGUGCUAAUGUAACGUAGGAUAAUAAGCCAUAAGACACAGGACCUAUCCCCAACCACAUUUUGCAUUGGUUCAGUCAUUCAACACAAUGACCUUUUUCAAAGUGGGGGAGGGAAUCAUGACAUGCCCAAGCUUGGGAUCAGGGGCAAAAACACAUUAGGCCUUGAGGAAGAGCUUUGGAAGGAGUUGAAAAGUCUUUGCCUGCCCUCUGUUCCUCUCCACCCUUACAUUUUAUGCCUUUGCUCUGCUUCCCUCUGAAGCAGGGCUUAUGUUUUCCUUUAAUGCUUAAAAACCUUAAACUGGACACACACAGUAAUAAAUGAGGCAGGUAUGAAUGAACCGUCAGAAUGAAGACUGAGCCCCUAGACUACAGCAAAAGUCGCCAAACUCCCAAGGGCCCAACCUGAGGCACCACCUGCCUUUGUAUGGCUUAUCAUCUGAGAAUGCGUUUUGCAUGUUUAAAUAGUUAGAAACGAAUCAAUAGAAGAAUACCAUCUCAUGACACACAAAAUUAUAGGAAACUCAAAUUUUAGAGUCCAAAAUAAAGUUUUAUUGCAACACAACCAUGCUCAGGUGGCUUUGGCAUUACAGCAGAGUCAGUAGUGUAACAAGAGACUUUAUGGCCCACAAAGCCUAAAAUAGUCAUAUGACCCUUUAUAGGGUCAGAGCCAAGGUCAGGCACCUGUCCGUGUGCUGCUUGCCUCUCUUGCCUUCUGCCUACCUCCCCACCCCAUCCUAGGCAGUCCUUCUCAGAAAUGUCAAGUCCUUCAUUCUCUUACUUUAAAAAGUCAUUUAUCACAUAAUCAUGUACCCUAAAACUGUUAUUUAGUUAUCCUUGUUUUUGAGCUUUAUGAAAAUGCUAUCAUGUUGUAAGGACUUGCUUUAAUCACUCACAAUUAUAUUUAUAAGAAUCAUGUUGUUGAAUGUAGCUAGAAUGCAUUCAUUUUUGACUGCUGUAAAAUUUUGCAAAUAUACCAUAAUUUAUCAGUCCAUUCUAAACUAAAGGACAUUUGGGUUGUUUCCAGGUUUUUUGCAAUUAUAGGUAAUGUUGGUAUGAAUAUUCUUUUAUGUGUCUCCCUUGCAAGAGUAAGAAAGUAAGAAGCUUCCUUAGAGUGGGAUUUCAGGAUCUUAGGGCAUCUGAACGUUCAGCUUCAUGGUUCAACUUUGAGUUAUGCAGAAACAACACGUGACUCUCCCCCCUCACAUCUUAAUGGAUCACAGCAAAAAAACAGAGACACAUUUCUUGCUGUUGCAGGCUGGCUGCGGCUCUGUCCCAUGGCACUUCAUCUGGGAGUUAGGUGGAGGGAAGAGCCUCUGUUUGGAACCCUGGCUGUCUUACGGCAAAGAGAUAGACGUCGCUUCGCUCGUAUUUAAUUGGUUAGCUUCUAACCUUUAAAGCAAGUCAUGCAGUGCAGCUGGUCAUCAAUAGGGCACAAAGGAUAUUCUUCACAUAGGAGGGGCAGAAAAAAUAUUUCUGAAUGAUGAAAAGCCUACUGCAACGCUGAAUUGCUUGUCAAAGUGGUUGUUCUAAUUCAUGCUCCUGUGAGCAGGGUGCGUCCCCAUCCUUGCCACCUUCUGGUAUUAUCUGACCCUGAACCUUGCCAGUCUGGUGAGUCUGAGCUGGCAGCGCACUCUGGGCUUCCUUUGCGUUUCCUCGAUUACUAAUGAGCAACUUGUUACACACUUUUAUAUCAUCUGUGUUUCAUUUUUUGUGAAAUGCUUAUGUUUUUUGCUCAUUUUUUUAAACUCAGUUGUUUGUCCUUUUCUUAUUGAUUCACAGAAGUUCUUUAUAUAUUCUAGAUAGUAAUCACUGGUCACGUACAGUAUUAGAAAUAAUCUGUGUUGUUUGUAAUUUCUUCUCUGUUUAAUUAGGUCUUUGUCUUUCUGGUAAUAAGCAGAAAACUUCUUAAUUUAAUUCGGUCAAAUUUAUUUUUUUUUAUGUGGUUAACACUUUUUUGUUUCCUGGUUAAAGAACUCCUUCCCUGCUCCCAAAUCAUAAAGAUAUCUCCUCAUAUUUUAUUCUGAAAGUUUAGGUUUUGUCUUUUGCACUGAAGUCUAAUCUAUUAAGAGUUGAUUUUUAUGUGUGUUGUGAAGUAAUGAUCCAGUUUUGAGUUUUGUGUAUGGAUAACCAACCACCUGACCCAUUUGUUCUUCUCCCCGUGGAUCUGCGAUGCCACACUUGUCAUUUACCAAAUUUCCAUACAUCUGUGGGUCUGUCUGUGGGAUUUCCAUUCUGCUUCAUUGGUCAGUUAGUCCAUCCUUGUGCCAAUACCACACUGUGUUUAUAAGCAGCUUUAUAAUAGCUCUUGAUAUCUGGUAGGACAAGUAUUUAAUUUAAUGUCCAACAAAGUUUUAUGAAGUUUCUCCAGAAAUUGUCCAUCUUGUAUUAGAUUUAUUUCUAGGUACUUUGCUUCGUUGUUGCUUUUCAGAUGCCUUUGUUUGUUGUUGGACUGUAGAGAUGGAGCAGAUUUGUUUAUAUUAGUUCACAGCCAGCCUCGUUGCUACAUUGUCCUAUUAUCUCUAAUACUAUGUACACAGAUACUUCUGGGUUUUUUUGAUAUAGACGGUCUAGUCCUUUAUCUUUAUUUCUUUUGCUUGAAGUACUAGUUGGCUUAUUGCAAGGACCUCCAAUAUGAUGCAGCAGCCUUUUCUCAUCUUAUUUAUAGGGGAUGCCGUCAAGGUUUUUGGGAAAUAUACUUGAUUGGGUUAAGAAGUUCUUUUCUAUUCCUGGUUUGUGAAGAGGGUUAGUUUUUAGUUUUAGAUCAUCAAUGGAUGUUGAAUUUUACCAAAUGAUUUUUCUGAACAAGAAAGAAAAGGGGCAUUUAAUUGCACAUGAUUUAACCAGUGGCUCUUUCAUGUGUAAUUUGGAUCUAAACUUCAGCAACAUUCCAGGGGACUCGCUACCUCUAAGAAAUGUAAUAGUAGGUGCACCUUCUUUCCUGUCCUCUCUAAAGGAGGUAUUUUUUUUUUUAUGCUUUGGUGUAUGAUGUACUUACAUGUGUUCCGGAAAAAAAAUGUGUUAUUUUAAUUUAAAUAGA